AGUCGCGAGGCUUUCGUCCCCAAAGCUUUCAUCUCAUUCCAUAAUUCCGCACUUUAUUGUUCCACUUCCAGUCAACGCAAAUAUGCUAGAACUCAAUGCCAUCUGGCUGCUUCCUAUUCUAUCUCUUUGCAAAACAACGCUUGCUAUCAACGGCUGCCCCGUUGCGGACACUGUCUAUGCUGGCAAUGGAGGCGUGCGUUACCGCAUCUGCCCAGACACAGAUCUUACGGGUGGUUCAACGUCGGUAAAUACCAAUGUUGCCUCAGUCACUGCAUGUGCGCAGUUAUGUGACCUAAGCAUGAACUGCUUCAAAGCUGUAUAUGACACGCAGGAUAAGACUUGUCAUUUCAAGGCUCUUACAGGAUUGAGUUGGGUGGCCAACGCGCGUUACGAUGCGAUACAAACGGAGCAGAUCAACAUUGCAAAGUGCCCCUAUGUGGAAACAACAUACACCAACAACGGCAAGACGUACAAGAUCUGCAAGGAUACUGAUGUUCGAGGUGGCAACGCGCAGAGCAUUACCGGUGUUACAACCCUCAAUGACUGCGCAAACCGCUGCUCGACUACUACGACAUGUGUCCAAGCUGUGUGGGAUUCAGCUGGCUCGAUCUGUUACAUCAAGGCUGAUGCCACUAUUAACACUCUUAUUUGGUCUACUGACAAGCGUUUCGAUGUUAUCCGCCAAGAUGUGGUAGCAAGUCCAGCUACCAAUGGCGUCUGGUCCGACUUGGUACGGUUCCCAGUCAUCCCUGUCGCAGCCUACAUUGUUCCAGAGUACCCAUCGCCAUCACGCCUACUCAUGUUCUCGAGCUGGGGUGCUGAUACCUUUGGUGGAGAGGGUGGACGAACGCAAUUUGCGGAUUAUAAUUUCAACACAGGUGUUGUCUCCGCUCGUACAGUUGCUGAAACUAAGCAUGAUAUGUUUUGUCCUGCCAUCAGUAGCUUGGAAGAUGGCCGUAUCUUCAUUCAGGGUGGGUCUGAUGCUGCAGCGACAAGCUUUUACCACCCCAGCAACAACUCCUUCACACGAGGCCCAGAUAUGAAAAUGGCGCGAGGUUAUCAAACGUCUGUGACGUUGUCAGAUAAUAGAGUCUUCACUAUCGGUGGAGCGUAUUCGGGCCCAAGACAGGGCAAAGAUGGCGAAGUUUACAACCCCGCUACGAACACUUGGACCGCACUGCCAGGGGCCAAGGUCGCGCCUAUGUUAACAACAGAUGCCGAGGGAAUUUGGCGCGAAGACAAUCACAUGUGGGGGUUUGGCUGGAAGAACGGAUCUGUGUUCCAGGCUGGACCCAGCAAAGCAAUGAACUGGUACGAUACUGCGGGCACAGGAUCUCAGACAGCUGCUGGUAUCAGAGAUUCUAUCGAUGAUGCCAUGUGCGGAAUCUUUGUCAUGUAUGAACCCGGUCAUCUCCUGACUGCAGGUGGGUCUUCGGACUACACCGACAGCCCUGCCAACGCCCGCGCACAUAUCAUCACAAUCGGAGAUCCAGGUACCACUGCAGUCGUCGAACGCGUACCCGAUAUGGCAUAUCCACGUGGCUUCUCGAAUGCCGUCGUAUUGCCGGAUGGCACAACCCUUGUCACCGGUGGCCAACGUCGCUCAUUGGUAUUCACAGACACAGACGGCAUCCUUUACGCCGAGCUCUUCAACCCAAAAACCAAGACCUGGAAGACUCUGGCCGCUGAAGCAGUACCACGGAACUACCACUCAGUCGGCCUUCUGCUCCCUGACGCACGUGUGUUCAGUGGUGGCGGGGGACUGUGCUACAUUGCCACUGUUGGUGGAAGUUCAGUGAAUUGCAACAAACUCGUUGACCACGCCGAUGGACAGAUCUUCUCACCGCCGUAUCUCUUCAACGCCGAUGGCUCUGCGGCUACGCGUCCAGUGGUGUUAACGAACGCUACAAGUGUUCCUGUUGGCGGCAAAUUGGCUCUGAAUGUCGACUCAAAGACGGUUGACCCGGCGUUCGUUUUGGUCAGGAUUGGAAGUGUUACGCAUUCAGUGAAUAGUGAUCAGAGACGAGUGCCUCUAACAAAUGUGGUAGCAGGCAAUGGGACAUUUACUGCCACGUUGCCGAGUGACAGUGGCAUUGUUAUUCCCGGGUUCUGGUACCUGUUUGCCAUUUCCAAGGCGGGUGUACCGAGCGUGGCACGUACUGUGCAGAUCACGCUAUAACAACGAUGUUCCCGGUCAGUGCAAGUCACUAUGCCACUGUGGCAAAAAGCGGGGUGGGCAUAACAAAGAAAAAAAGAUCGGAGUAUGAGAUUGGGGACGAGAGCUCCUGUGUGCAUCUCAACUCGCGACUGAUAUUUCGUUCGAUCUUUUCUCUAUCUUCAAGGGUCUUUUCUCAGACGUCAUAAC